AUGGAUGAGGAAUACGACGCAAUCGUCCUCGGAACAGGUCUCAAGGAAUGUAUCAUUUCCGGGAUGUUGUCUGUAUCGGGCAAGAAAGUCCUGCAUAUUGACAGAAAUAACUACUACGGAGGGGAGUCGGCAUCGUUGACGCCCCUAGAACAGCUGUAUGAGAAGUUCAUGGGUCCGAAUGCUAAGCCACCCCCAGAAAUGGGACGCGGUCGUGAUUGGAAUGUGGACUUGAUCCCAAAGUUCCUCAUGGCGAAUGGUUCCUUGGUGAAACUUCUUAUUCAUACUGGUGUUACUCGUUAUCUAGAAUUCAAGUCCGUUGAAGGAUCGUAUGUCUAUAAAGGUGGAAAGGUGUACAAAGUGCCGGCUGAUGAGAUGGAAGCUUUGGCCACAAGUUUGAUGGGAAUGUUUGAGAAGCGUCGUUUCAAGAAGUUCUUAUGCUGGGUUCAGGGAUUUGAACGUGCCAACAAAGACACAUGGCAGGGGUUGGACCCUGAUGUUCAUACCAUGCAGCAGGUAUACGAGAAGUUUGGCUUGGACGACAACACUGCUGAUUUCACUGGUCAUGCUUUGGCUCUCUAUCGAGACGACGACUAUAAACAACAACCGUUUGGUCCUACUGUUGAAAAGAUCCGAUUGUAUUCCGAUUCUUUGGCUCGUUAUGGGAAGUCGCCGUAUCUUUAUCCUUUGUAUGGUCUUGGAGAGUUACCUCAGGGUUUCGCUCGUUUAUCUGCAAUUUAUGGCGGUACUUAUAUGUUAGAUAAGCCAGUAGACAGUCUCAUUGUGGAAAAUGGGAAAGUAGUUGGUGUAAAAUGUGGAGAAGAGACUGUGCGUGGAAAACAGGUUUACUGCGAUCCAUCGUACGCCAUGGACAGAGUAAAAAAAGUGGGACAAGUUGUCCGUGCUAUUUGCCUCCUCAAUCAUCCAAUUCCCGGAACUAAUGACGCUCAGUCUUGCCAAAUCAUCAUUCCACAGAAGCAAGUCGGACGACAUUUCGACAUCUACAUUUCUUGCUGCUCCAACACCAACAUGGUCACGCCUAAAGGUUGGUUUGUGGCCAUGGUAUCAACCACUGUCGAGACAAGCAAUCCAGAGGCGGAGAUUCUCCCAGGAUUACAACUCCUAGGCACUAUAACUGAAAAAUUCAUCUCGGUUUCGGAUGUGUACGAACCCACAGAUCUUGGACAUGAGUCGCAAAUCUUCAUUUCACGAUCGUAUGAUCCUACAACUCACUUCGAAACAACAUGCAAGGAUGUACUCGAUAUCUUCCAACGUGGAACGACACAGGAAUUCGACUUCUCCAAAAUUACUCAUCUCAGUCUUGAGGAUAAUGAAUAG